AUGCAGCAGCCAGCGGCUGGUGACAGGAGCCCAGCCAUUCCCUUGCUGUACCCGCCCCAGGCCAGCCUUGCUGCUAACGCGUACCAUCCGCACCGCAUCAUUGAGGAUCCCGAGUGGUCCCUCGCCACUGUCCCCCACCUCACUGAGCUCUGCCUCCAGCACAUCCUUCACAAUUUCGAAAAGAAUCCUAUUUUGGACCGUCUUCUGCCUGAGCACCGAAGGAAAGUGCUGGACAGGCUCUCCACUGGCCUUCCGCUCUCUGUGACUGCCAACCUAAUAAGCGAUGAGGACUACUGGAAGAGGUGCUGCACUGAGCGCUGGCAAGUGUGUGACAUCUCCAACUAUGGAGACAGCUGGAAACGGAUGUUCUUUGAACGUCACCUGGAGAACAUCCUGAAAUGUUUCAUCCCUAACACCACAGACCCCAACCAGGUCCUAGAAGUCAUCCCACUUUGCAAAGACUACGUGCGGAAACUGGAGGUUGAUCAGUUCCUGCCACCAGUGCAGGUGGAUCAAAAAGAGGAGAGGGAUGACCUCUCUGAUACAGGGAGUGAUUUUGGAUUCGGUGAGGUCUCCGUGCAUCACUAUGACCUGGGAGUCCUCAUUACUGCUCUCCCUCACCUCGAAGAGCUUCAUCUCACUUAUGGUGUGAAGGAUUGUGGCAUGAACUUUGAGUGGAACCUCUUUAACUUCACCCACCAGGACUGCUGCAACCUGGCUGUCGCUGUGAAGAUGUGCCACAGCUUGAAAGUUUUCAAGCUGACACGCAGCAACGUGGAUGAUGACAAGACCAGGCUGCUGGUCCGUAACUUGCUGGAUCAUCCCUGCUUGGUGGAGCUGAACUUGUCCCACAAUCUCAUCAGGGACAAGGGGGCACAAGCUGUUGGCAAAUUGAUCAACCGCAGCAAAUUAGAAAUCCUUGAUCUCUGCAACAACCAGAUCCAUCACCUGGGGGCUCAGGCUCUUGCCCAAGCCCUGGCUGAGAGCUCCACUCUGACCUCCCUGAAUCUGCGCCUCAACUGCGUGGAGGACAAAGGAGGGGAGGCGAUCGGCCGUGCCCUGCUGACCAACACCACCCUGAAGUCCAUCCAUCUGGGAAGUAAUAACCUAUCAGAGCCAACCGCUACGCUUUUCUCACAGGUCCUGGCUCAGAACACCACCCUGACGAGUAUCAACUUCUCAUGCAACCACCUGGGGCUGGAUGGUGGGAAGCAGCUGCUUGAUGGGCUGGCGGAUAACAAGGCUUUGACCGAGUUUGACCUCCGCCUGGCAGAGGUGGGCCAGGAGACCGAGUAUCUCAUUCACCAAAUUGUGUGGGCCAACAGGGAAGCAGCAAGGCUGGGGGCUCGGCAGCACCCCCCUGCCAAACCCCUCUGA